UGAACGUUUGAACCUUCAGAAGAUUUGAGUGCAAGUAAAUUUUGGAAAUUCAGCUUCGGCACGUCAUGCCGCGACAAAAAAUUCCCACACCCUCACAACGUUAUACUUCUCGAAUCUCUCUUGUUUAUAAACUCUGGAUCUGAGCUUUCAUGGCCGACUGAUCUAUGCUCCUCCUUAUCCCUUGUAUCUUCACCAUCCAUUUCCUACAACAUUGAAAUAAUGUCCAAUUCUUCACAAAGCAACGGCCGUCAAUCUUCAUCAUCUUCGCGCAGUACCCGGAGCGGAAAUCCUGCAGUGGAAUCAGCUGUUACUCGUCUUUUGGUGUCAAUAAAGCAGCUUCUCGAGGCGCUCACACAAUGGAGUACCCUGAGCGUCGAUGAGUCUCAAGUGAGCGACGUGUAUGUCCGUCUAGGGAACGAUUUCAAUGCUGCCGUGGCCGCUUUCGGUGCGUUCAGCAUUGAUAUGAGUGAAUUGAUGUCAGUACCAGACGAAUUGCGCAAUGUACUGGAGCAGUGUUUGGCUGAAGACGCCACUCCAGAAAACCUCGAGGUCUACCUUCCGAAUGUACGACUAAUCAUCACCGGCUUACUGCAAGGUUUGCGUAACAAACAGUCCCUCUAUCGGCAUCUCGUUUCCGACCACAAACACCGUUCUGACCAGUCUGGCGGUGAUAGAGUACAGAGUCGCUCUACACGUUCAUCCAAAUCUCAUCGGAAACAACCUUCCAAGGGACCUGCUGAAAAUGAGCGGGAUAGCAUCUCUCGUCGCAGUGCUGCAAGUUCUUCAAGUCGGAGGCGGGACACCUCUUCGAGUCAAGCUGCUGACUCUGAAGCAUCCUUUGUUGGAGGUUUUUCUCCCAUGAUUUCUGAAGCUCCUUCAAUUCCAGACCCCAACGAUCUGCCUAAUCCGUAUGAUAGUCGACAGCUCUCUUCCUCCGAUUAUCCUACUACUCGGUCCCCACCUCCACAAACUGUAUCGCCUCCGCCCCCUGCAUCCACUGUACCUGCCAACGUAAAGCGAUAUUCAUUGGUGGAUAAACCCAUACCAUCACCCCCCAGUGUCGUAGUUGUUGAACCAGCUAGUCCGGAUCCUGAACGGAAUGGCAUUCAGCAACCUCAGCCUCAAACCAAUGGAUUUCCUCCUCCACCUCCUCCACCGCCAGAUUCACCUCCACUGGAUGCCUCACAGGUACCUGCCAUGGCCAGCUCACUUGCCGCAUUACAAAAGAGUGAUGCCCUGGAGCGAAGAGCUUCUAAACGGUUUUCCACAUAUAACAUAACAAAAAUGACUGGUGCUGUUGGUCGAGACCGCUCAUUGCGGAACCAAUCCAACAGGCGCUCACUGGCAGUUUCCUCCGCCUUGACUCCGGGCGAAUUGGCUGUGUUGACUGAAGUAGACGAUGAGGAGGAGUCUUCGCCAGUUGCUUCGCUAAAGAGGGAAGGAAGUUUCAGGUCGCGCGCAGCUACUCCCGAAACCCGAAUUAGUACUCCGCCGGUACCUCCACUACCUUCAACGCCUUCGAGGACACCGGAAGCAUCACCUUCUCCUGGGUCUACUUCUGCUCAUCGAAGUGAUUCAAACAUAAAACGAGGUUCUGAUUCCAAAAUGACUGUAUUUCUCCAGCUCGGAAGGGAGGUCAAAAAGGCUUCGCUGGAACCAGGCAUUUCAUCCUCAUCUCUAAGGAUGCUGUUCGUGGACAAGUUUUCCUAUAACCCCGGACAAGAAAAUUUCCCCGCUAUAUACAUCCGCGAUCCUUCAAGCGGUGUUCAAUAUGAAUUAGAAGAUACCGAUGAAGUGAAAGAGAAGUGUCUACUGUCUCUGAACAUCGAACCACUGGAUCAAAUUAAACAACAUAUCGAUGUCCAGAUUUCCAAUCUCUCUCAGGACAUCAAGGAGCUGAGAUCUGCGGUAGCAAGCAACCAACGACAUUCCCAAAUCCCCAAUAUCGUCUCUUCACCUAUAGCAGAGAGCACACCCGCUCCAAGCCGACCUACCGAUAGGCAAUUCCAGACGGUUGCUCGACGGUUGUCCCGGUUCGUUAGCAGCGCCAAUGAAAUUUCAGCUUCCUCGGCCAGACCCGCUUCCCCCAAUCCUAUCUUGCCGCAAAUGACCGGUUCCACUCUCCAAGCUCAAAUGACAGGAGGUUCAAUUAUUUCAGAAUACUCCACUCGUGUCGUUAGCGACCUCAAGACCCAGUUUGAUGAAGUCCAGAAUCUACGACGAGAUCUGGGCAUCAUGCGUCAGCUAUAUAUAGAGUUCAUGAAACAGACAAAGGAAUCAUUAGGGACUUUGCGUACACAGACUCAAUCUGUCAAACAGCUUGCUACUGCCAACGUCGGCGGUUCCAGGGCCUUCAUCGACUCUGGCAAGCAGAAACUCGACGUGCGCACGCAGAACGUUCUUACGGAAGUCGAACGGCUACAGGACACGGUGGAAGCUUUGAAAGACGACGUUCUGAAACGACAUAUUACACCUAAAGCGCUUCAGCUCAAAGCCGUGAAGAAAGACAUGGACACUGUCGCCGUAGAAUUGGAGAGUUUAAAGGAGCAUAUCAAGACCGUAAAACCAAUGUGGAAGAAGACUUGGGCGGAGGAGCUACAGAAUAUCGUUGAAGAGCAGCAAUUCCUUACGCAUCAGGAGGAGUUCCUUGGUGACCUCUUGGAGGAUCACAAAGGAGUUUUAGAAAUUUACGGUCAUGUAGAACAGGUUAUCAAUUUGCGCAGUGCAGGCUCGGGACGACGACUCAACGGCCGUGGGUUCAAGCCGCCAGCACCAGAAGAAAGUACUCAAAGUCUGAGUAAUGUCAUGAUGGAGAUUAGGACCGCGUCUGUCGACCCGGAAAAACGGAUGAAGGCUAUUGAGGCGAGUCACAAGAACAGACAGAAAGAGCUGGCGAAUCGAGGAGACGAGAUGCUGGGGGAGCUGACAGAUUUCGUAGCGGGGAAGAAAUUGAAGAUGACAGGGGGUGCGGAGGAAGCGGAGAGAGUUCGCCAGAAGAGGAAUGAUAUGACUUUGAAGGCAAUGUUCACAGGUAGUAGUGCAGCGGAUAUUUCGCCUAUGGGUGGAGAUGUGAUCUAAGUCAGAACCAGUCGUCUGUGUGCAUUCCAUGAAAUGUGUGUACUCAUUAAAUUUUCUUUCAUUUUUCACUUUCACUUGCGGUCGGGAUGCGGGUUUCUCUUAUAUCCUCUGCAACUGCGUAUUCUAUUGCAUAUCACUUGGUUUUUUUUCGUAUGAUAGUGCUGUUAUUGUAAAAAGGCUGUUUAAUGCAUAUGU